UAUUCAGAGUGGGGACCAUUUGAGGAAGGGCUGGAGGCUGCAUGACAGCACACCCUCAGCUUUGCUGUCCCUGGCUCCAGACUAGCUGGCUUCUCAGCCCAUGUCCCCACCUUUAAAACUGGACUCACUGUGCCUGGAACUAGACACAGGUCUUCCCAUCUUUAUAGGAUCACCGGUUCAUGUGCAUAAAUCCCCAACACACUAUAUAUUCCUUUACCAUCCAGGAGGUCACUGCUCCCAGAGCCCACUUGGGAACUAUCCUAGAAACCCAGUUGGUGGCCCAAGGCCCCAACCCAGCUGUUCCAGGGCCCUUCCUACUUCCCAAAACAGAAGCACUUUUCUGGGAAACAGCAGAGAGAACAUAGGCCAUGGCUCGUGAACUGACUUUCCUAUUGUGUAUCACAUCCCCCAAUUGUCUAACAAGUUCCUGAGAAUUAACCCUAAUUCUGUCUAAGCUGUUCCACCCACCCUCACCCCCACAAAGGAUUGGGCAGGGGCUGGCCAAGCUAUGCUUGCAUUUUCCUGUGGCUGGUGGCUCCCAGGAUCAGUUCUACCCAUGUUUCCCAUCAACAUACAUCAGGUGGGUCCCAGGGUCAGAAGACAGAGCAUGAGUUCUAGGGAUAAAAGGACUAGACUUAAUGCUGGGUCAGGGUCAGGUGAAGACAAAGACACGUGGUGUGGGGCCUUGGGCUUCGUCUUGGGGGCACGAGACUUCUGCUCUGGGCUCUGCUUUUGGACAUCUCCAUGUGGACAAGGAGAAAUGUCUUCCUAGACCCUCUUCCCCUUCUAGCCUGCACUUGGGUAACUGGGUCCUGGGCUUCACCACCUACAUGUUCCCAAGCCCACACUUUGCACCAGCCUCUUGUACCUUAGAGUCAAGGAGUGGCUAAUUGCUAGAAAGUAGAGACGCCCACAUGCAUGAGUGCAAAAUCCCUUACGGUGCCAGAUGGAAAUAGAUGGGAAGAGAAGGGGGCUGGGGUGGUGUUGGCUCUCCCCACAUGGCCAGUGUGGUAAGACUAAGAACUCUGGAAAUUCUAAAUUGGAACCUGAUGCUCCAAAUCUUCAUGACUGUGUUUUUGCAAAGGAAAAAAGCCAACUUUUUUGUUUGUUUCUUGUUUUUGUUUUUAUCGGUUGCUUGAACUGAUUUAUAACUUUUCAGAAAUUAGACACAGGGUGUGGGCCUCCAUCCAUGUUCUUCGCUGGCUCUCAAGUGUUAGGGGCAGGCCUGCCAACCUGUGUUUCAGGAGGCACAUCACAUCCAGGGUGGACUAUAAGGAGGCCCGUCAGGAGGUUGCAGCUUCGUGGUCCGCGGCCGGUCCCGCGGGAGAUGGCCCCGGGGGCGCCCACAUUGCUGCUGCUGUGGCUGCUGUGGUUCCCUGGCUUCCCGCCCCGCGCUGCCGGCUGCCCAGCCGCCUGCCGCUGCUACAGCGCCACGGUGGAGUGCGGCGCCCUGCGGCUUCGCGUCGUCCCGCCCGGAAUCCCACCCGGGACGCAGACGCUGUUCCUGCAGGACAACAGCAUCGCGCGCCUGGAACCGGGCGUACUGGCGCCUCUCGCCGCCCUGCGCCGUCUCUACCUGCACAAUAACAGCCUGCGCGCCCUGGAGCCAGGCGUCUUCCGCGCGCAGUCACGCCUGCUAGAGCUAGCGCUCACCGGCAACCGGCUACGCGGCUUGCGAGUUGGCGCUUUCGCGGGCCUGGCCCAGCUGCGUGCACUCUACCUGGCUGGUAACCAGCUAGUGCAGCUGCUGGAUUUCACCUUCCUGCACCUACCGGAGCUGCACCUGCAGGAAAACAGCAUUGAGCUGCUGGAGGACCAGGCCCUGGCUGGGCUUUCCUCACUAGCACUGCUGGACCUCAGCAGGAACCAACUGGGCACCAUCAGUCGUGAGGCCCUACAGCCCCUGGCCAGCCUGCAGGUCCUGCGCCUCACAGAGAACCCAUGGCGCUGUGACUGUGCCCUGCACUGGCUGGGAGCAUGGAUCAAGGAAGGGGGCCAGCGGCUGCUCAGCUCCAGGGACAAGAACAUCAUGUGUGCAGAGCCCCCGCGCCUGGCACUUCAAAGUCUCCUGGACAUAUCUGGCAGUAGCCUCAUCUGCAUCCCGCCCUCUGUACACGUGGAGCCGCUGGAGGUGACGGCCAACCUGGGUGAGGACCUGCGCGUUGCCUGCCAGGCUUCCGGCUACCCGCAGCCCCUGGUGACCUGGAGAAAGGUGGCCCAGCCUCGUGAAGGGCAGCCGCGGGCCCAGAUCCAGCCAGAAGGCGGGGCACCGCGCCCAGGCGGGCCCGGCGCCUCUGACACGGGCAGCGGCAUGCUCUUCCUCACCAACAUCACCCUGGCCCACGCUGGAAAGUACGAGUGCGAGGCCUCCAACGCCGGCGGCGCCGCCCGCGUGCCCUUCCAGCUCCUGGUCAACCUGUCCCAGCAGCAGCUGCUGCAGCUGGCGCCCCCGCCGCCUCCGGCCUCCGGCCCCGUCAGCCACGAGCCCCUGCAAGAGGCCGGCAGCAUGGCCUUCCGCGCCCUGGGCCUGGCCACCCAGACGGCCAUCGCGGGCGCCAUCGCGCUCCUUACGCUCACGGCGCUGCUGCUGGCGACCAUGAUCUGCCGCCGGCGGCGCAAGAGAAAAAAGGCGCCGGGACUGCCGGGGGAGGGCGCGCUGUUCGUCAACGACUAUUCGGACGGGCCCUGCACCUUCGCGCAGCUCGAGGAGCUCCGCGACGAGCGAGGCCACGAGAUGUUCGUCAUCGACCGUUCCAAGCCACUCUUCGCCGAGGGCCCGACGGAGGCUGCCGAUGGCGCAGCAACCGGGCCGGCGCAGGGCCUCCCGCUGCAGCCGCCGGCAGCCUACGAGAUCCACUGCUGAAGAGUGCAGCCCAGAGGGGCGGGAGGGCGGGCGGGCGCUCGCUGAUGACGUAGUCUUCGCGGAUUGGCAGGCCCGCGGGCUCGCCCCGCGCAUGCUCCAGCGCAGUCAGUAAAGGGUAAAAGCUG